AUGAGUCAACUAAUACGUUCCAUCUCGUUCAAUCCACGUGACCAACACAUUUUAGCUGGUGGAUCGAUUUAUGGCGCUGUGGGAAUUUGGGACGUUCGUAAGAGUCAAGGUCCAGUCGAAUGCGUCCCCAUUGGUGUCGGUCAUUCGGAAAGUGUCACUUCGCUUAUUUGGGGCAAUUCAAAGGUUCUUUGGUGGGACAUGCGAAAAAUAAAUGCGCCAAUAGACGCGUGUGACAAGCCAUUGACGAUGAAAAAAUACAACUUGAUGGAGAACACUUAUGGGGACAACUGGGCCAAGACGCCAGCAGAUAAAUAUUUGGAUUCGUCCUUUUGCACAAUAGAAUACGCCAACGAAAAGAAACUGCAACAAGACCAUCCGUGUUUGAUCCAACUCAUCCGAGACAAAUACCUGCUCGAGCCAGCAUCUAAAGAACUUCCUUACGUGCUGGAUCAUCCCUAUACAAUCGAUCCUUCCGAUGGCCAAGCCAAUGACAUAAGGGAAAUUUUGAAAAAUAAAACCAAAGGCUUUUUUGUUGAGAGUGGUGGAUUCGACGGCGAAUUCCUCUCCAACACCUUCUUCAUGGAGCGCUAUCUCGACUGGAAUGGAUUGCUCAUAAAAGCCGAUCAAAAAAUUUUUAGUAAGCUGCAUUCUCGCAAUCGAAAGGCUUUCAGUUUGCCCAACUGCAUCAGCACCAAAACCUUACCCGAUCAAAUUAUACAAAAAAACAACAACUUUAUAUAA